GUGUAAACUCAUCCUUAUCACUGUACGUGGUGUUAAUGUCCUGAGUCACUCGCGCAGAAUGUUUUUAAGAACACCUGGAGACUAUUUAACUAAAUUCGUCAACGGAUGUUUUGAUGGGUAAUGAGUUUGGAGUGCGUACGCCAGCUAUAAUAAUCGCAGCAGUCUUAUCUUUUUUCUACUCGGCUAAGACAUUAUCAUGGUUGCAUUCCAAUUUCGAUUUUUCAAGUUAUUUGAGGAACGUCGACAUGCAAAUACGCCAACGACACAAGUUUCAAAACGCUGACGAUCCUGGGAAGCUUUCUGCGUAAAAUAUCAUUGAUGGUGUCUUCGAGCUGGAGCCUGAGCUUAUUCUUACGGUGUAGCUCCAUGACGCACCUCGAUCUUUGGAUUCUGCACAUUUGUUUGGACCUGUUUGUUGUCAUAGUAUCGCAUCUCGAUGCCACUUUCCAUUGCUCCAUGAUGGGAACAAAGUCCAGGAUAUAGUCCAUCGUUAAGCUGAUACACAACCAU